AUGCCUGGAAAAGUCAGCACUUCUGAAUGGAUAACACCAUCCAAGCCUGAGUUGGUGAAUGUCGACUUUGAAGAAGAAUUGGGUUACUCAUCCUCGGUCAAGAUAAGCUCUGACUUGAAUGAUGUUCUGUACUCAUCGUUGAAAGGUCAAAACAACAAGUACUUAUCGGUGAAACUGAUUGGCUCAGAGCUUUAUAAAGACUCUAUUGUAUAUGAGGUACAGAAUGAUUAUUUGGAGGGAAACAAUCGAAUUGAAAUCCAUGAUCAAUCACGGUUCAAGGACCAUGCAAACUUGACAAUUGAAAAAGCUUUGAUUUCAACAAUCCAACCAGUCAAUAUCACAAAAGCCAUAAUUUCGUUUCCUGAAGAAUCAUAUGAGUUAUUGAAAGGGUUUUCAGAUUUAAUUCGUGAAGGGGAUAAGCUAUUAACUAAUGGUAAAGUCUUGUUAUGUGAACCAGUUGAUCAAGGUAAGUUGACCAAGGACACUACGAUCACAUUGAUCAAAGAUUUUGCUGCAGGUUAUGGAACAGAACUUGGUGAAUAUGGUGAUGAAAUCGAGAAUGCAAUUAGUCAAUUGGAUAUAUCAACUUAUCUUUCAGUGUCAAAGGUCCAAGAAAGCGAAUUCAAAGUUUAUGCACUAGACAGACAAAUUGAUCAUACCAUUCCUCAACCAAAUGAAACAGAUGAUAGUGAGCAUUUAGCAUUUUUGAAAGUUAAUGAUCUGGCCAAAAUUGGUGUUCAUAGUGGUGAUUUUGUGGAGCUGGUCUUCAAUAACAUCACCAAAUUGAUCAAAGUUUUAACAUUUAUUGAACCUAACCAUUAUAAAGAUUCUGGUGUUUAUCUAUCACCAAUCUUUUUGAUCAAUAAUGGCUUUCCAGAAUCAGUCACCAUAAGAAAAAGUGAUCGUAAACUUUCAGAUAUCCCACUAGCCCGAGAAGUUACACUAACUCAGAUUGCGUCACCAAUAACAUUGAACAGGCUUUACUCUUCUGCAAUCCAGGCCAAAUUAGUUUCACAUUUCAAAUCGAUAUCAAGAAUAAUCUCAACGGGUGAUUUGAUUCCAAUUACAAUUGAUUCAAUAUUGGCGAAAUCCUUACCGGAAACGAAUGGUAACAUCUUGAUCCUACCAACCGGAGAGCCUGAUACUGUUGCAUGGCUCAAAGUUCAAAGUAUCGAUGGUAAUACUGAGAAGGACUUUAAGCAAUACAUCUUGGAUUCAGUUAAUAUUAGUAUGCAUAUAUCAGGAUCAGUACCAGAAGCUCCACCGGCUGUCACUGAUGAUUUAAAUUGGUUAAAAUAUAUUGGGUUAUCAGAUUCUUUUAAUUACUUGAAAGGUUCAGAAACUACAUUUCCUUAUGCAAAAAAAUUGGCUAAGCUUAUUAAGACAUCGUUGGGUAAUCCAAAGUUGAGAACUACUGCCUUGUUAAGCUCGUUGAAUCGUAAUGUUGGGAAAUCAUUCAUUGUUAAUAAUCUUGCAUCAAUAUUGGGUGCACAUGUUGUUACUAUUGACGGUUAUGAAAUCCUGAAUCCAACUUCAGAGUUUAAAACAAUUGGGACAUUAUCUGGUAAGCUGGAUAGAAUUGUGGAAAGUUGUUCAAAGUUGAUUGUUUUCGUUAAACAUAUCGAAGCUUUGAAUUUCAAACAACAAGAUCAACAAAACCCUAAACCAAGCCCUGCUGCUGCAAAAUUAGUGGAAUUAAUAAAGCAAUAUACUAGCGAAGGUGCUGUUUUCAUUGCUUCUACAAAUAACCCAGAUAGUUUGCCAGAUGAAGUUCGUUCAAAUUUUAGAUUUGAGAUAGAAGUACCUGUUCCAUCAGAGGAAGAACGCAAACAAAUUUUCCAAUAUCUUUUCCAAAACAGUAAAGGGUAUUCAUUAAGAAAUGAUGUCUCUUUAAGCUCAUUAGCUUUACAAAGUGCUGGUUUAACACCUCGUGAUUUGAUAUCAAUUGUGGAAAAUGCAAAAGAUUUAGCAUCUGAUAGGUUGGAGGAGAUUGCUGAAGAACACGGUGUUAAUGUCGCCAACAUCAUAAAUCAUAACUCAAUAAAGAUCACACCUCAAGAUUUUGAGAAAGCUAUAAAUGAUGCAAGAAAUAAAUUUAGUGAUGCGAUUGGUGCUCCAAGAAUUCCAAAUGUCACAUGGGAUGAUAUUGGUGGGUUGGACAUGGUUAAAGGUGAGAUUUUGGAUACUAUUGAUAUGCCAUUGAAACAUCCUGAACUAUUUAGUAAUGGUGUUAAAAAGAGAAGUGGUAUUUUAUUCUAUGGUCCCCCAGGUACUGGUAAAACAUUAUUAGCUAAGGCCAUUGCUACAAAUUUUUCAUUGAAUUUCUUUAGUGUUAAAGGUCCUGAAUUGUUGAACAUGUACAUCGGUGAAUCAGAAGCUAAUGUUCGUAAAGUUUUCCAAAGAGCAAGAGACGCAAAACCUUGUGUUGUUUUCUUUGAUGAAUUGGAUUCUGUUGCUCCUAAAAGAGGUAAUCAAGGUGAUUCUGGUGGUGUUAUGGAUAGAAUUGUUUCCCAACUAUUGGCAGAGUUAGACGGUAUGAGUGGUGGUGAUAGUGGUGAUGGAGUUUUCGUUGUAGGUGCUACGAAUAGGCCAGAUUUAUUAGAUGAGGCACUAUUACGUCCUGGUAGAUUUGAUAAAAUGUUGUAUUUGGGUGUUUCUGAUACACAUGAUAAACAACAAAAAAUCUUGGAGGCUUUAACUAGAAAGUUCAAAAUGGAUCCAAAUAUUUCAUUACAAACAGUUGCUGAUAGUUGUCCAUUCAAUUUUACUGGUGCUGAUUUCUAUGCACUAUGUUCAGAUUCAAUGUUGAAUGCAAUGACAAGAGUUGCAAAUGAUGUUGAUAAAAAAAUUGCCAAAUAUAAUGAAAACAGAGAUGAACCAGUUUCAACGAGAUGGUGGUUUGAUAAUGUUGCCACUCAAGAUGACAUCACAGUCUUGGUGAAAGAUGUUGAUUUCGAUAAGGCAAGACGAGAAUUAACACCAAGUGUUUCAGCAGAUGAAUUGGCACAUUAUGUGAGAGUGCGUGAAAACUUCGAAGGUGGAAAGACCCAACAAUGAUUUGGAGUUUUCAGUUUUCAAAUAUAGUGAUUGAUUUCCAUGUCACAUCUUUU